AUGAAGUGGUCACUUACCAGCGGGCUCGUCUCACUUCUCGUGACAACUGUCACAGCUUGGCCCUACGACGAGGCCUAUUUGGACUAUAACCUCAACGAAAACAAGACCGCCACCAACCCAGCAGAUUACUGGGGAACAUGGCCUGGCCACGAGGGGAAAUAUCACCCUUCCCCGGAUAAUUGGCGCUUCCCGUUCUACUCUAUCUUCUUGGAUCGCUUCGUGAAUGGUGAUCCUACCAAUGACAACGCAAACGGUACCACGUUCGAGCAUGAUGUCGACCAACGUCUUCGCCAUGGUGGUGAUGUGGUCGGCCUUGUUGACACACUAGAUUAUCUUCAAGGAAUGGGAGUCAAGGGUAUCUACAUUGCAGGAACCUCAUUGCUAAACCAGCCUUGGAGUUCGGACGGAUACGGUGUUUUGGAUACCACGAUUCUCGACGCGCAUUACGGUACUAUCCAGGCUUGGCGAGAUGCAAUUACCGAAAUCCAUAAGCGCGGGUUAUAUGUCUUGUUCGACAACACCAUUGCGACAAUGGGUGAUUUGAUUGGAUUUGAAGGCCAUCUCAACUCGUCGACUCCAUUUUCGGAGAAAGAAUACAGGACAGAAUGGAAGACUGCACGUCAUUACCGAGACUUCACCAUUGGAGCUGGUGACUACAACGCGACCUGUGACUACCCACGGUUCUGGUUCGAAGACGGAUUCCCCGUGAAUGAAUCAGAGACCUCGGGCUUAGUUGGAUGUUAUAACAGCGACUUCGACCAGUACGGUGACAUUGAGGCUUUCGGUGUGUGGCCUGAUUGGAAGCGACAACUGGCAAAGUUCGCCUCCGUUCAGGAUCGUCUCCGCGAAUGGGACCCGAAUGUUCGCGCAAGGUUGAUCCGGCACUCCUGCAAUAUCAUCCGAUCUUUGGAUAUUGAUGGUUUCCGUUAUGACAAGGGCACACAAGCUACCGUGGAUGCCCUAGGAGAUAUGUCGGCUGCUUACCGAGAAUGUGCGCGCGAGGUCGGAAAGGAAAACUUCUUCAUCACUGGCGAAAUCACCGGUGGAAAUGACUUUGGCUCUAUCUACCUCGGAAGGGGUAGACAGCGUAACCAGUGGCCUGAAAAUUCAGCGGCGACAUUGAAAUUGACAAAUGAGUCCGCCGCCCAGUACUUCUUACGCGAGGCUGGACAUGAAGCCAUCGACAGCGCGGCAUUCCACUACACGACAUAUCGUGCGUUGACUCGAUUCCUCGGCAUGGACGGGCAACUUUCAGCGGGCUACGAUGCACCCAAUGAUUGGGUUGAUGGCUGGGACUAUAUGUUGAGAUCAAAUGAUUUGAUCAAUGCUAAUACCGGCAAGUUUGACCCUCGACACAUGUAUGGUGCGACGAAUCAAGAUGUCUUCCGUUGGCCAGCGAUUGCCAACGGUACACAUCGACAGUUACUCGGUGCUUAUGUGACUACAUUGAUGCUUCCCGGAAUCCCACUUCUUCUUUGGGGUGAAGAGCAGAACUUCUACAUCUUGGACGCCACAGCGGAGAACUAUAUUUAUGGGCGACAGCCAAUGUCCCCUGCAACCGCGUGGACGUCCCAUGGCUGCUUCCAUUUGCAGUCGUCCCAGUACUACAAGUGGCCUCUUUUGGCCGCUGCACAGGGCUGCAAGGACGUGACAACUGCUUACGACCACCGUGACCCUUCCCACCCUGUGCGAAAUAUCAUGAAACAGAUGUACCAUCUGCGUGAACAAUUCCCAGUUCUCAACGACGGUUAUUCCCUUGGCAACUUGUCAAAAAGAACUGACUAUGUUUACUACCCUGGUUCGAACGGUACGGCUACGGAGACCGGCAUGUGGUCCAUCUACCGGGAUGUCAACACCGAGGUGCAAGAUUUGGGCUCUGAUGACAACAACCAACCGGUUUGGCUUGUUUACCAAAACCUCAAUGACACGAGAACAUACACCUUCGACUGCAACUCCGAGAAUCCGAAUAAGACACUCACCGCUCCAUUUGCUUCUGGCGUCACUGUCAAGAACCUUUUCUACCCGUACGACGAGAUCAAACUAAUUGACGGAGCGCGUAAGCUCGGCAUCAACGGGUCCAAUGAGUUGAAUGGCUGCGUGGAAAGUUUGAAGAUGAAGGCAUAUGAGUUCCGCGCAUAUGUCCCAAUCGUGAAACACAAAUUGCCUCGACCCAUGAUCACCAAAUUUACCCCGGGACAUGAUUUCCCACUACGUUCUACCGUGGCACCCAACCUUCCGGAGAAUGUGGAGAUUGGAUUUUACUUCUCAGAACAGAUGGACUGUAGCUCUAUUACCAACGGACUUACCUUUACUUCAUCCACAGAGAUUGGGAAGGUUCCAGUCCUGAAUAUUGACAGUGUUGUAUGCGCACCUGUUCCUACUAUGCUCCAAACAAAUUGGACUGCGGAGAUCCCAAGCGUUUGGAGGUGGACAGCCAACCUUACAGGGGUGUACAACGGAGUGCAUAAAAUAACUCUCACCAACGCAACCAACUCACAAAAAACAUCUUCCACCCACGCCGUUGAUCACUUCCUCUUCCGUAUCGGCCAGUUUGAUAAUCCUAUGGUAUUCACUACUGCAAACUACUCGAGCAGUCUGCUCCACAAGAAAGAAAACGGCGACCUGUUUAUCCAGCAUCACGCUGCUGGUGCUGAUAAAUACCGUUAUUCUACCAAUUGGGCAUCGUCAUUCUCUGGAUGGAUAGACUACAAAGGUGGAAAUGACACCAUUGCCAAGCUCCCAUGGUCAGGAACCAAGAAGCAGGAGUGGGAGGGUGAGCAUGUACGUGUCGAGUACUGGAGUCGUUUGACUGGAAGCAGCGACUAUGUGCAGCAAGGUGAUGCUGACUGGAAUCACCCGGUCACACGACGCUUCCCUCAUGCUUUCUUCAACGGACCUUACAAUCAGUAUGGAUUUGACUCGGGCCUUGACAACAAGGUCAAGCUUGACACCAAAACCGGAGUCUGGUCCUUCCAUUUCACUUCUGAAUGGCCCGCAGUCGGGCAGCUUAACAUCUGGGGCAUCAAUCCGGACGGAAAGCCCGAUCAAACCUGGGUUUUGGGUGACCUCGACAAUGACACAAUCCUGGACCGAAGUCCCCCGUCUGCUCUUAGCGCAACCUUGAUCAAUAUCACCCAUGCACCAGCCAAGGGCUACAUCUCUCACAAGCUCUACUUCAAUGAUGGAACUCUCCGUUUCUGGCUUGAUCCGGUUGGACAUCAGUCCACACAGAUUGCCAUGUAUGUGUUAUUCUGGAUCAUACCAUUCCUCACUGCCGUGGGAUGUGUGUACAUCUUCAUGAAGUCCUUUUAUAAGGUCAAAUUUAACCAGGUCGGUGUGAGCGAGAAACAAAACAUUCCCCUCGCGAUUUGGAAAAAGAUAAAGUCCACUGGUCACAGGGAUGCAUCUUCAAACCCACUUAAGCGCCUGGCCAACAAAUCCGGCUUCAUGCAGAGCACCUCUGCUCUAGGCGGAGCUCUUGCGUCCGAGAAGCGACGCAUGGUUCUUAUUGCUACCAUGGAGUACGACAUCGAGGACUGGGCCAUCAAAAUCAAGAUUGGUGGUCUCGGUGUCAUGGCCCAGCUCAUGGGCAAGACCCUCGGUCAUCAAGACCUAAUUUGGGUUGUUCCUUGUGUUGGAGGUGUCGACUACCCUGUGGACCAGGUGGCAGAGCCUAUGACAGUCACCAUUCUCGGUAGCCCCUACCAGGUUGAAGUCCAGUACCACGUCUUGAAUAACAUCACCUAUGUGCUACUCGAUGCUCCAGUGUUCCGUCAACAGUCAAAGACCGAGCCUUACCCUCCUCGUAUGGAUGACCUGGAUAGUGCAGUGUACUAUUCGGCAUGGAACCAGUGUGUCGCUGAAGCCAUUAAGCGAUUCCCAAUUGAUACCUACCACAUCAACGACUACCACGGCUCCCUCGCACCGCUUUACUUACUACCAAGAACUAUCCCUGCUUGUCUGUCAUUGCACAAUGCCGAAUUUCAAGGCCUCUGGCCGAUGCGAACCAUUAAGGAAAAAGAGGAGGUUUGCUCGGUUUUCAACCUUGAUGAAGAGGUCGCUCGUCGUUACGUGCAAUUCGGUGAAGUGUUUAACUUACUCCACGCCGGUGCAAGUUAUCUCCGUGUUCACCAGCAAGGCUUUGGUGCCGUCGGUGUCUCUAAGAAGUACGGUAAACGGUCCUACGCUCGCUAUCCUAUCUUCUGGGGUUUACACAAGGUCGGCAAUCUACCUAACCCUGAUCCAUCUGACGUCGGUGAAUGGACAAAGGAGCCCACCAAAGAGGCAGACAUCACUGUCGAUCCAACAUACGAGGCUGGCCGUGGUGAACUUAAGAGGCAGGCCCAGGAAUGGGCAGGGCUCGACCAAAACCCUGACGCUGACCUGCUUGUCUUCGUCGGUCGCUGGUCUAUGCAAAAGGGUGUUGAUCUCAUUGCGGAUGCACUGCCUGCCGUUAUUGAAGCUCGGCCCAAUGUGCAGUUGAUCUGUGUUGGCCCCGUUAUUGAUCUCUAUGGUAAAUUUGCAGCUCUUAAGCUUGACCAUAUGAUGAAAGUCUACCCCGGACGAGUCUUUUCAAAGCCUGAAUUCACUGCACUUCCGCCAUUCAUCUUCUCUGGUGCCGAGUUCGCCCUGAUCCCAUCUCGUGACGAGCCCUUCGGUCUGGUGGCUGUAGAGUUUGGCCGAAAGGGUGCAUUGGGUAUCGGUGCUCGUGUUGGUGGUCUUGGCCAAAUGCCAGGCUGGUGGUACAAUGUGGAAUCCACCUCGACGUCUCAUCUUCUCAUGCAAUUCAAGCUUGCAAUUGAGGCAGCCCUGAAUUCCAAGACACCCGUUCGUGCGAUGAUGCGUGCGAGAUCGGCGAAACAGCGUUUCCCUGUUGCUCAAUGGGUUGAGGAUCUUGAAAUCCUCCAAUCUACUGCCAUCGCAGUCCACAACAAAGUUAAGACAAACAACAACAACGCUCGACCUGGCACUUCUUCUGGAUUUGGCAGUCUCAGUUCGGCAAUGAGCUCUAUGACUCAUCUCGGCAACGGGCUGUCUUCACCUGGCAUGAACUCUCCAUUCGCGCAUUCCAGAGAAAGCAGCUACUCCUUUCAUCAAUUGAACAACCUGACUCCACAAAAGAAGAUCAGCUACAGCCCGGAUCCAAGCAUGGAAGAAACGGAGAAACCGAAGUCGGGACUGAGUCGUUCUCUCUCCCUGGGUGUCCGCUCAGGCCCAGGUCAUGCCGGACGUCGCAAAAGGGCAGCGGAGGGUAUGGCCAUCCCAGAAGCCGAUGAGAAUGGAGCUACGGAUGUCGAGGGCGACGAUAGUAGCGACGACGACGAUGCCCAUCGCGCCUUUGGCGAUGACGAAUACACUCUUACCCCAGCACAAGUCGAGGCAGGACGACGAGCCCAGGCUGCUCAAAGGGAGCGUGCUCAAAACUUCCAAACUCCAUCAAGAGAAGUCAGUCAAGAGUCUAUGCAUCCCCGGUUCAUGGCUUCGGACAGCCCGGGAAGUCCGGGAACACCACCGAACGCGGACAGCCUCCUUCUUCCUCCUCAGCCGUUUGCCCAGUCAAACCGUUUAAGUAGCGCAUCCGUUCUCUCUCUGGACUCCGUUGUCGGCAACAAGACAGACUUCAAGCUACAGAAGGUCGAUCCUUUCUUCACGGAUAGCACUGGCGAGUACUACAAGACUUUUGACAAGAAACUGGAUGCCCUGAACGGAACCAACUCCGAGUCGCAACUUUGCAUCGAAGAGUUCUUGAUUAAGAGCGAACAGCAGUGGUUUGACAGGUUCCGCAAUGCCAGACUGGGUCGCAGCAAAUCUCCCACCCCAUCGAUCCGUCAUUCAUCAAGAAACACUGAUACACCAGACAACAUGUUUUACAGUGAUGAUCUCGUCUCCAACGUGAACAGCAACGAAGAUGUGCUUCAGGAUGACGAGUUCCUCCUUGGAAAAGACUACGUGCCUCCAACUGGACUCAAAAAAUGGAUGCAGAUCAAAAUUGGAACCUGGCCCGUCUACUCCAUCUUCCUCGCUUUGGGUCAGAUCAUCGCUGCAAAUUCCUACCAGAUCACUCUACUCACAGGUGAAGUCGGUGAGACCGCGGAUAAGUUGUAUGGAAUUGCAGCAACAUAUGCCAUUGCAUCUAUGUGCUGGUGGCUCGUGUUCCGGUACUUCAAGUCUGUCGUCUGUCUUUCUGUUCCCUGGUUCCUAUAUGGUCUUGCAUUCCUCUUGAUUGGAUCUGCUCACUGGCAAAGCAAUUCCUUCAGUCGGGGAUGGAUCCAGAAUGUCGGCACCGGUUUCUACUCUGCGGCCUCUGCCAGUGGAUCCAUCUUCUUCGCUUCCAAUUUCGGUGAUGAGGGAGGUGCUCCCGUCGAGAUUUGGAUUUUCCGCGCCUGUGUGAUUCAAGGUAUUCAGCAGGUUUACGUUAUUGCCCUCUGGUACUGGGGUUCUACUAUGACAAAGGCUUCCUCAGAGGGUCUCUUGAGUGCUCAGACUGGCAUUGCCAACAGCUGGAAGAUGAGUGCGAUUUGUUAUCCCAUCGCCGUCUUCCUAUGCCUCGUGGGCGGUCUGUUGGCCUCGGGUCUUCCCAACUACUACCGCCAGAAGCCCGGAAAGGUGCCAUCCUUCUACCAUUCCCUUUUCCGAAGAAAGAUCGUCGGUUGGAAUUUCGUCGCCGUCAUCCUGCAGAACUUCUUCCUCAGCGCUCCAUACGGUCGCAACUGGAGCUUCCUGUGGACCUCGCAGCACACCCACCCAUGGCAGAUCGUUCUCCUCUGCAUCGUGUUCUUCGGCUUCGUGUGGUGCAUCUUCCUCUUCGGUGUCAGCAUGUGGUCCAAGCAACACAGUUGGUUCCUUCCCGUUUUCGCCUGCGGCCUGGGCGCACCCCGCUUCAUCCAGAUCUGGUGGGCCAUCUCCGGCAUCGGGUACUAUCUGCCCUGGGCCGGAAGUUACACUUCCGGCGCUCUCGUCUCUCGCAGUCUCUGGUUGUGGCUGGGCGUGUUGGAUUCCAUCCAAGGUCUUGGAUUCGGUAUCAUCCUUCUGCAGACGCUCACUCGAGUCCACAUGUGUUUCGCUCUCAUUGCGUCACAGGUGCUUGGUUCCAUUGCGACUAUCUGCGCCCGAGCUUUCGGUCCCAACGGUGUAGGCCCUGGUCCGAUUUCUCCUGACGUGACCCAGGGCGCCCAUGUCUUGGCUAAUGCCUGGUUCUGGGUGGCUUUGUUCUGUCAGGUGUUGGUCUGUGGCGGAUUCUUGCUGUUCUUCCGUAAGGAACAACUCGCCAAACCAUAA